AUGGCUUCACCACGUGGUCUUUUCAUCAACGAACAUGAGCUCGACCGCAUGGAUGUAACCGUCGUUUCGGUUCCAUUCACGGGAUACCUCCCUACCGGUAACCCAAUCAACUUUCGUUGCGUUAAGCAACUCCCAAUGCCCAUGUUAGAUAUCGGCUUUUUCAAAAAAAAUCUCCUGGGCAAGAAAAGUGUCUCAUGGACCGCAAACUGGACCCUUUCCUUCCCUGGCUGGCGAUCCGAGACCGGAACCUGCAUCUUCCCAAUGGUAAAAGACAGAUCCUACCACAAGGAUGAUGGUGAAGCUUUCCUCUUCCCAUCUAGACUUGGGCAAGAUAUCAGAAUCCAUGCCUUUGGAAUCGUCGUCCUCCCUAUUGUUGUCUAUGGGGUUCCGCUCUCCCUCCAAUGCCUCUUGGUUGACAAGAUGUAUUUGAUUCCUCUUCCCCGAAACGUUCACGACGUCCCAUUGCUUUUGGAUAAUCGCCUCUUUGAUGGAAGGAAGCUUCCCUUGGGGCUUACGAUCUUCAAGCCUGCGUUCGUUAUGAAACCCGGAACAACUGACAUGUGCAUGUAUCACCACACUUCUUCUGAGAUUCUUAACUCUGCCAUCUGCAUCAGCAUUUCAUCGGCGUGCCUUGAAUACGGCAAGCAUUUCGACGAUGAAACAGGUGAAGAGCCGAACCUGGAAGAAGACUAUCUCUUUCUCUAUCAUAACGGUGAGCGUCGUAGAUACGACUAUUUCGGCGAGCCAAUCAAGCCAAAACUAUAUGAAGAGCUCAUCGGUCAAAACCACUGUGGUGCAGGUAUCUUCUUCGCCACAGAUUCCCAGUUCAAUGUCUCUAAACGUCUCGACGAUGAAAUCAACACACCAGAGCGUGCUGAACUACAAACUGCCAUCGAGGCGAUGAAGUCUCUUGCUAACUUGAUUAAAUACACCGGCUACACCUACCGUGGUGCUGUGGUUAUUACUAACUCGAAGUAUGUCUGCCAGGCUACGGAGGACCCAAAGACCGUUUUCGGAUGGGCAAUGAAAGGAUGGAAGACAGAAUAUGGUGAGGAUAUCCCCAAUGCUGACCUCUGGGAUGAGUUUAUCAAGAACUUGGACCAAAAACAUACUAUUACCUGGAAGUUCUGCGAAAUGGAUCGAAGCGCGCCAGCCGUCGGCUUGGCUCGCAAAGCUGCUAUGGAUAAUAUUUUCCUAAACGAAGGUUCGGACCACGACCGUCGUGAGAGGGAACGGUCGCUUCCCAGGAAAUUCAUUGAGGUCGAGGAUCAACGUGCCGGUCCGCUCUAUGAUUCUUUUGUCAAUAAUGAAGCCGAGAAGACCACGAAGAGGUUUGACAAGGUUAUUUUCGACGGUGAUGUCGAAUACAGAGACCUCCCGAAAGGGUUCUACAGCAUGGUUGACUGCACGCAUUGUAGACAGUUCCAUGAACAUUCUACUGCGCACUGUCAGAAUCUUGCGCAUUCUUCUCAGCAGAUGAACAGGAAUGGAAUUUAA